UCAAAGCUUACAAAAUGUACUUAGAUUUUGAUACAGGAUUUUAAUCAGAAAGCUAAGCAUUUGUUGUUAUGGAAUUGAUUAAAGGCAAAGAAAUGUUUGAAGUCAUUAAUGAUUCUGGACAUUAUAGUGAAGUUGAUGCAAAAGAAUUAUUCAAAUAAUUACUUAGUGCAAUCGAAUAUAUGCAUCGUCAUGGCAUUUGUCAUAGAGAUCUUAAGCCAAAUAAUAUUUUAUGUCUAUAAGGUAAAUUAUUUAUAAUCAAUACAUUUAUAGAUAGAAAAUAAAUUAAAGUAACAGAUUUUAAUGUUAGUAAAUUUAGUGAUUCAUAUAAAUUAUUUGGAGAUCUAAAAGACACUGAAAAAAUAGAAAUGUGGACAUAUACUGGUACUGUGGCUUUUUCUGCACCUGAAAUAUUUACAGGAGAAGGUUACAAGUAAUAAGUACUUUAAUGAUAUAUUAAAAGUUAAAUGGUUGAUAUGUGGAGUGCAGGUUGUAUACUUUAUUCAAUGCUUUCUGGAUAAUUACCCUUUAAUGCAGACUAGUAAUUAAAUUUUUAUCUUAUUCUAGUUUGAAUGAUCUUGUGGAAAAUAUUAAAUUAGCUAAAUAUGAUUUCCCUGAAGAAAUCUUUUCAGAAGUCUCUGUUGAAGCUAAAAAUUUAAUUUAACAAUUAUUAAAAAAAGAUCCUUAAGAGAGACCACAUCCAGAUAAUGCUCUAGUGCAUUCUUGGUUUAGAGGCAAUGUAGUUAGGAAAACUUUAAAACAUCUGACAAUUAAUAAAAAUAUUUGUCAUCUUUCAUCCAAAAAUUCAAAUAAAUAAAGAUAGAGAACAUUUCUAUUGAAAAAAGACUGGUAUACAGGAUCAAGUGAUGGUGAAGAUGAAAUUUAUUACUAUGAUAUUAAAAUUAAAUCCACCAUUAGAAAGAGUUUAUUUUACUCUAUUAAACCUAUGAGAGAAUAGUAAUAUCAUAUGUACUAACUCAAAGGUACUAAUGGAUUGAUUCAUAAGUCUAAUACUAUAGAAAUAGAAGAUUUUAAAUAUAAUGAUUAAUAGUGA